AUGGAUCGCAUUCCCCAGAAAUUGCCCUUCUCUAAGCGGCGCCUUAGGCCGCGCAUUGUCAUUUCAUAUAUCUUGGACUAUGUUAUUAUCAUUGCCUUUAUCAUUGGUUUCAGCAUCCUCAAUACCAUCGAACCAUACCAUCAGCCCUUCUCGCUAUCAAACAUCUCCCUCAAAUACCCCUAUGCCGUUCACGAACGAGUGCCAAUGGUCUUGGCCGUCUGCAUCUCCGGCGCUUUCCCAUUAGUACUGAUCGCCGUGUAUACGCUCUUCAUCGACGGAUUAUUUUCACACAAGAAACCGCAAGACCCCGUAUCGGGUAAAAGGAAGAUCAUGGGCCCGUACCGGUGGAAGGACCGAUUGUGGGAGUUCAAUUGUGGCUUUCUGGGCCUUUUGCUCUCGCAAUGUCUGGCUUUUGUGAUUACGCAGGCGUUGAAGAAUGCGUGUGGGAAGCCGAGACCGGAUAUUAUUGAUCGGUGUAAGCCGAGGAUUUCGCAGGAUCCGACGGCUUUGACGUUGGCGACUUAUGAUAUUUGUGAGGGGGAUAAGUCGCUUCUUACGGAUGGGUUUCGGUCGUGGCCAUCGGGGCAUAGUAGCUCUUCUUUUGCUGGACUGUUCUACCUAUCUCUAUGGCUAUCUGGAAAGCUGCAUAUCAUGGACAACCGCGGUGAAGCCUGGAAAACGAUAAUAGUCAUGGCUCCCAUUCUUGCAGCGACUCUUAUCGCAGUUUCUCGGAUCAUGGACGCAAGACACCACCCCUUUGACGUCAUCACCGGUUCGCUCCUUGGAAUCGCCUGCGGCUGGGUCUCAUACCGCCAGUACUUCCCCUCUCUCAGCGAACCCUGGAAGAAAGGACGCGCCCAUCCAAUCCGAACAUGGGGUUCAGAAUCAGUCGCCCCGGCCGAAGCCGUCCACAUGGUACCCCAAAACGAUAGCAUGGCGCCUCUCCGAAACCACGAGGAAGAGCAGAUGGCUGCCUCCGAUCUUGCUGAACCGAGCGGGAUUCUGAGAAAUCGCUCUUCUCGAAGUGCAUACGUCGGAGGGAACCCGUACGUCUCGAACCCGUUCAGCCGGCCCGAGGAUGAUAACUGGUCGUCUUCGAGCGAGGAUGUUGCGAACGGGUACGAGAUGCAUGGGUACUCUCAGACUCAGAACCCGGCCUUGAGUGGUGGUCAGCUUCCGAGAUAUGAAUCGGACACUUCGUACCCAUCUCGGACGCAUCAGACUCUGCCGGGCGUUACUGCUCUCAAUACGCCGCCGGAGGCAGUGACUCCGCAUCCUGCGCGGGGGCGGACAUUGACUGAUACGCCUAUCCACGAAUAG